CCCGUCUCAGUAUAUUUGUCCCUUGCUUCUAUCCCUCGAGCGAGUCGAGUCACCCACUCCGCAGCUCCCUACCGCUCGCUUCAAUCAAUCGAUUGCUGGCUUCAAUGUCGCAGGCGUAAAGUUGAAGAAGAAGACGCUAUCUGCUCCGCACAGAAGGCGUCUGAACACUUAUAUUCUUUUUAAAUCAUUUUUUUUGGUUUGUUAUUAGGGCUUCGAUUUUGGGUUUCUUUCGGGGCUCAAUUAUCUUCGAUUGUAUUUUUGCUGACCUCAGUCAGGUUUUGCUUAAUUUUGGGGAAAACCCUAAAUUUUGACCCCCUCAGUCAUUUUUAUUCUUUGUGAGUAAAAGUAAACACCUAAAAACAGUUUCUUUCGUAUUAGAGUAACUUUUGUUUACUCUGAUCGUCGGUGGUUAGUCUGCAAGAUACGCUAUUUAAGAGUUGUCUAUGGCUUCUACAUUGGCUGCUGAUCCCUCGCACCAUGGUUCAUAUGAUGCUGGAUCUCAAGAAAACACUGAGGAAGGUGGUGGCAGUUGGUAUUUCUCUAGGAGGGAGAUUGAAGAAAAUUCUCCCUCUAGACAAGAUGGCAUUGAUUUAAAGAAGGAGACUUACCUGCGCAAAUCAUAUUGUACAUUUUUACAAGAUUUGGGCAUGAGACUUAAAGUGCCUCAGGUAACCAUUGCUACGGCAAUAAUAUUUUGCCAUCGUUUCUUUCUUCGUCAAUCCCAUUCAAAAAAUGAUAGGAGGACUAUCGCAACUGUGUGUAUGUUCCUUGCUGGAAAGGUUGAAGAAACGCCUCGACCUUUGAAAGAUGUUAUACAGGUUUCAUAUGAGAUUAUUCAUAAGGAUGCAGAAGCAGGACAAAGGAUUAGGCAAAAGGAAGUCUAUGAACCACAAAAAGAACUAAUUUUGCUUGGAGAGAGGGAAGUUCUUACUACACUUGGUUUUGACCUUAAUGUGCAUCAUCCAUAUAAACCCCUUGUUGAGGCAAUAAAAAAAUUCAAGGUUGCUCAAAAUGCACUUGCUCAAGUUGCAUGGAAUUUUGUUAAUGAUGGGCUUCGGACGUCUUUAUGCUUGCAAUUUAAGCCCCAUCACAUUGCAGCAGGUGCCAUUUUCCUUGCUGCCAAGUUUCUCAAAGUAAAGCUCCCAUCUGAUGGUGAGAAGGUUUGGUGGCAAGAGUUUGAUGUCACCCCACGACAAUUGGAGGAGGUAAGCAACCAAAUGCUUGAACUAUAUGAACAGAACAAAGCACCGGCUUCUCAGGCUAGCGAAGCGGAAGGUAUUGCUGCAGGUACCCAAAGAACUACAAAGGCUUCUGGUGCAAUUGAAGACAAUAUUCCGAAUAAUAGUAAUUCUCAUGGCGGUGGUGCUACAUCAAAGGCAGGAACCUCCAAAGCAUCCUCCCACAGGCCAAUCCCUGAUCAUUCACAUGCUAUUAAUCACGGUGGGAAUCCUAGGGUAGCUCAAAAUUGUAGUAAUGACUACGCAAGUGCUGAAAAGAGCAUUUCUGACCGCUUUGGUGAUGGUGAGACUAGUGAUAAGCAUAAUCAUGAAAGAGAGCCAUUGCAUUACCAGAUCGGUGGGGAAGUACAAAACCGAUCAAAGUCUAGUCUUGACAGCCAUGGUGAAGAAGACCUGGAAGGGAAUGCUGGGAGAAGUGAAACAAGAGAUAAGGCAGAACUGAAGGACAAGUUCCAUGGUCGGGCCUUGGAGCACAAGGAUGGCAUGGUUGGCCAAUCACCACAAGAGGUUAUCAAGAAGAUUGACAAAGACAAGGUCAAAGCAGCACUUGAGAGAAACAGAAAGUCCCGCGGGGAUGCACCUAGGAAAGUAGAUGUAUUGGAUGAUGACGAUCUCAUUGAAAGAGAAUUGGAGGAUGGAAUAGAGUUAGCUGCUGAGGCUGAAAAGAACAAGCGGGAAAAAAAACAAAGUUGGUCUAAACCUUCAAACAGGCCAGAGCAUGACAAUGCACAUCACAUGAAGCAUCAAGAUGACUCUGGUGAUAGACAUUACCAAGGAAUGAAAGGGCAGUCCUUGCAAAAUGAUGAUUAUGAGAAUAACGUGGAAGAGGGAGAAUUCGAACCUUACGAUGAUGCUGACAGGGGUGGUUACCAUUCACCUAAGUCAAUCAACCGUAAGCGAAAGGCAAGUAGCCCUCCUGUGGAUGGUAAGCAUCGACACGAGUAUAUGUCAGCAAGCCACAAUCACACAUACCAUGACUUCCCAGAGGAUAGAAAUAGGACAGGGAGACUUGGUUAUUCAGAAAGGGACCACAAAAGGCACGCACAGGAGAAUCACGUGUAGAAUGCUUUAGAGUGUAAUAGCAGCACCAUGUCUUAGUUAUGAACAUUAUACAAGGUCGGUGAAGCAGAGUUUUCAAGGUUAGUACAGUUGUGAUCUCCGCCUGUGGUUUGGUUUAUCUUGCUAAACAAUUUUGGACAGCAUAAAUCUUGAAUUGGUCAUGGUUCUGAAAUUCCUACAGAUUUGGGUGGUGAAACACAGCUUUAUUGGGUAGGACUGUAGGAUUGUGAUGGAAGUCCAUGCUUUGAGGUGCUAAAUUUUUUUUGGGUCAGCUUAAAUCUUCAAUUGAUUAGAUAAUAUCUAUUUAUAGAAUCAAAAUUCAAAAUGUGUAACAUUAUUUUUCCUUAGGGCGUGGGGACGGACUAUACACGCUCCCCGUCUCCCCUCCCACACAUUUUCCUGCUUCCCAUCAUACAUGUUAAGAGUCCCAGGAUCGGUUGUAUUUUAUGGUAGUUGUAUAAGUUAUCCCCAUGGGCUUAAAUAACCAUUGGGCACAUAUUUCUCACAUUAAUUCAUUUCCCAGAAAUUCCUACUGUA